AUGAGUGAUAAAAACACACGUCUCGCCGUUGUUAACGCGGACAAAUGUAAGCCUAAGAAGUGUCGUCAGGAAUGUAAGCGUUCAUGUCCUGUUGUUAAGACUGGUAAACUAUGUAUUGAGGUGACGCCAACUUCGAAAAUUGCCUUUAUCUCUGAAGUCCUGUGUAUCGGUUGUGGUAUCUGUGUCAAGGCAUGUCCAUUUGAUGCUAUCACUAUUAUUAACUUACCCACCAAUCUAAACUCUCAUGUGACACAUCGUUACUCGGCUAAUAGUUUCAAGCUGCACAGACUGCCUACUCCUAGACCUGGUCAAGUGCUGGGUUUAGUCGGUACUAACGGUAUUGGUAAGUCUACCGCUCUUAAGAUUCUUGCCGGUAAGCAAAAGCCCAACUUGGGUCGCUUCGACGAUCCACCUGAGUGGCAGGAGAUUAUCAAAUAUUUCCGUGGGUCGGAAUUGCAGAAUUACUUCACUAAGAUGCUGGAAGAUAAUAUCAAGGCUGUCAUCAAACCACAAUACGUCGAUAACAUUCCCCGUGCCAUCAAGGGUCCAAUUCAAAAGGUUGGCGAGAUACUGAAAUUAAGAAUGGAGAAGCCACAGGACCUCGUGGAUUACUACAUUAAGGUUCUGGAUCUGCAGAAUGUGAUGAACAGAGAGAUCGCCAAUUUGUCUGGUGGUGAGUUGCAGAGAUUUGCAAUUGCGAUGUCCUGUAUUCAAGAUGCAGAUGUCUACAUGUUCGAUGAACCGUCGUCCUAUUUGGAUGUCAAGCAACGUUUGCACGCGGCACAGAUCAUCAGAUCCUUGUUGGAUCCUACGAAAUACGUGAUUUCUGUCGAACAUGAUUUAUCCGUGCUGGAUUAUCUCUCGGACUUUGUUUGUAUUCUUUAUGGUGUCCCAUCCGCUUACGGUGUUGUCACUCUUCCAACCUCUGUCAGAGAAGGUAUCAACAUUUUCCUUGAUGGUCAUAUUCCAGCUGAGAAUUUGAGAUUCAGAACCGAGGCACUGCAAUUCAGGAUGUCAGACGCCAACGAUGACUUAAGGGACGAUUCUACCAGAGAGUUUUCUUACCCAGCUAUGAAACGUACUCAAGGUGAUUUCGUCUUGAAUGUCGAGAAAGGUGAGUUCUCCGAUUCCGAAAUCCUUGUCAUGAUGGGUGAAAACGGUACUGGUAAGACCACCCUGAUCAAAUUGUUGGCUGGUGUUAUUGCCGCUGACGAUGGUCAAAAGGUUCCCAAGUUGAACGUGUCUAUGAAACCACAGAAGAUCGCUCCUAAAUUCCCUGGUACCGUUAGACAAUUGUUCUUCAAGAAGAUAAGAGGUCAGUUCCUCAACCCACAAUUUCAAACAGAUGUUGUUAAACCUCUGAGGAUCGACGACAUCAUCGAUCAAGAGGUUCAGCAUUUGUCUGGUGGUGAAUUGCAAAGGCUUGCUAUUGUCCUGUCUUUGGGUGUCCCUGCUGAUAUCUACCUAAUUGACGAGCCUUCCGCGUACCUGGAUUCUGAGCAGCGUAUCAUAUGUUCCAAGGUUAUCAGAAGAUUCAUUUUACACAACAAGAAGACCGCCUUCAUUGUCGAGCAUGAUUUCAUCAUGGCAACUUAUCUGGCCGACAAGGUCAUCGUGUUCGAUGGUGUUCCUUCCAAGGAUGCUCAUUCUGGCAGUCCAGAGCCUCUACUAACUGGAUGCAACAGAUUUUUGAAGAACUUAAAUGUUACCUUCAGAAGAGAUCCACAGUCUUUCAGACCAAGAAUCAACAAAUUGGACUCCCAAUUGGACAAGGAACAGAAGGCUUCAGGAAACUUUUUCUUCUUGGACAGCGCCAGUGUUUAA